CGGAUCAAGCACCCCCGUUACCGCGUUUACCGCCUGGUCGAGGACCUCAAGCACAGCCCCAAAGAGCCCCUGGAGCUCAUCCUCACCGAGCCGGUGGAAGACGUGGGGAACCGCGGCGAGACCGUCUCCGUCCACCGAUCCUUUGGCCGCAACCAUCUCCUCUUCAAAAACAGGGCUGUUUACGCCUCUCCGGAAAACAAGAAGCUUUUCGAGGAGGAAAACCGAUUACGUCAAGAAGGGAAGCUGCCGAAAUUGCAAAGCCACAGCGGCAUGAAGACGAUCCGGUUCCUGAGGAAUUGCACCCUCGAGAUCGGCGUGAACGAGUGUGACCGGUGGGAGCUGACUAAAGAAAUUGUCAGCCGCCAUUUCUUCCGAAAUCUGGGGGUUGUGGUACCCCCCCACGCGCUGACUCUCCCGGAAGAACCCAUCACCAAAUUGGGCAGUUACUGGUGCGAAGUCACGGUGAACGGGCUCGACACCGUCCGCGUCCCCCUCUCGAUGCAGCAGUUCGCCGAACCGAAACCGAGCAGCUAUCGGCUCUGGCUCGCCCAGAAGGAGCCAGACCCCGACAGUGCAGUGGAAAGUCCGUGACGUCCCCGCACAGAAGAGGCUGGGAAGCGUCCGUUCUCUCUGUGGCUCUAAACACGGAGCCCGUCGUCAGCCAAGAUUUUUCUCUCCGAAAGCUCCUCCUGGGGGCUCCUUGAGCUGGGAAUGGUGGGUGAAGCAAGCGCUUUUCUUGGCUCUUAAAGCCUCAGGCAGGCGGUCUCUUGGGAAGAGGUGGUCCUGCUGGGGAGUUUCUGCCAACCGCUCUCCCCAGAAGUGGGAAGAGGCUGGAGUAUCCCGUCAAUAAAAACACACCUCUGUCGAUA